AAAAAUCAUUCAUAUCUCUGAAACGCAUCUGAAAAUACGCUCUGUUCCUGCCUGGCAAGGCCUACAUUGAUCCGGUUAUUUCUGUACAAAUUGGGAGAAGUAAACCCUCACAAUGCUGAGCACAGUUAGCCGGCAACUUAAAAGRCAUCCAGCACUGGUCCCCCUUUUCAUCUUCAUCGGUGGUGGGACGGUUAUGUCUGGAGCGUAUCUCUUGCGCCUGGCAAUGGGACCCCAUGUCAGUUGGAAUCGCAAUGGCAACCCCGAGCCAUGGAACAAGACGGAACCCACACAGCAGCACAAGUUUUACUCAGUGAACAUGGACUACAGCAAGCUGAAGAAAGAGGGUCCUGACUUCUAAACUCUUCUGCUGCACCAAAGGCUUGAG